AUGCUUGAGUCGAUUCUGCAUAAACGUACCCCACAAUCACAAAGCCGAAGUAAAGUAGAUCCUCGAUUCUGGUCACGAUCUUCUCAUUCUAUUAAUGCUCGAACGUCAAGUCGAAGUAAAGGUGAAGAUCGUAGUCGAUAUGAAGUUGGAAAGGGCCGGAAAGAUGGAAAUAGUUAUCAAGAAAAUAUGACUAGCUUGGCGUCACCGAAAUUGUCGUUAAAGCGUUCGAAUUCUGCUAAACAAUUAAUUUCAGGUUUGAAUGCUCACCCAUUGCGUCAAACAUCCAGUAGCGCACGAAGUUUAAAUGCCAAAGUUGCUGUCAUGAAUAAAGAUGAAGCUUUGGAAGUUGUAGCAAACUACGUUUACGAUGUACCGGAGAAGAAAAUGAAAGGUAGAUUACAUGGUACGAGUUAUGAUGAUAGUGACGAACAAGAGGAAGAGGGAGAUGAAGUUACUUUUGAAGCUCGACCACUAAUUUCAGAAGAUGAAGAUGAAAUUGCGUACUUUUCGAAUCGAAUGGGUGGAUCGGACUUUAAAUUACUUCGACGACAUGUGCUACAUCCACAUGGACGUAUUCGCUCGAUCUGGGAUACCAUUACCCUCGUUUUAACAACAUGGGUUCUUGUCAUCGUUCCGUUUGAACUUACUUUUGCGAUGCGAUAUCCUCUACGUCGUGCAAUUCUUCAAUUGGAUUUAUGUAUUGAUACGUUGUUUCUCGUAGACAUCAUCCUCAAUUUUAUUACUGCAGUUGAAGAUGAUGGCAAACUUCAUUUUUCUUUUUUUUCAAUUGUUCGUCACUACUCACGUGGAUGGUUUCUUCCCGAAUUGCUUUGGACAAUUCCAUUCUACGCUAUUUUUGAACGACACGAUCCUCAACCUUUCAAUUCGCAAGGUUCAGCCAUGUACUCGCUUUCUAACUUUUCAACACAAGCUGCUUAUUUAUACCCAGCAGCCCGUUGUCUUCGAUUACUUCGAGUUCUUGGUCUUCCUCGACUUCAGCAUCGUCUUGAACAUUCAUUGCUUAUAUCUUCGAAAGUAAGUAGUCUUGGGAGUUUUCUCUAUGUCGUAUUGGCACUUUCGCAUGUAUUUAGCUGCGUAUUUGCAUACUUGGCAUUCCAUUAUGACGAACAAUUGGAAUUUGCACUCAAUUCACGAGUAUUGCAAGAUUCGGAAGUCAAAACACGGUACAUUGCAGCAUUUUAUUGGUCAAUGAUGACGAUGACUACAGUUGGUUAUGGUGACAUCAAAACAAAUGCUGGACGUCUAUUUUCAAUUGCUGCUAUGAUUGUUGGAGCUGGUGUCUUUGCGUAUGGUAUUACGAAUGUUGUCUCACUUUUUCAGCAACUUUACGAAAGUGAUACUGCAUAUCGACGAGAUAUGGACCAGAUUAAUGAUUUUAUGCAAGCACGAAUGCUACCACGUGCAUUGCGGGAUAAAGUACGUGCGAAUACAUUUCAUUGGCGAAAAGCUGCACGAGGUGAAAACAAGGAACGUGAUCGGUUAAUUGUGGAACGAAUGGCGCGAUUGAUUCGAGCUAAAGUUGCGGAUCAUUUUUGCGAGGAUAUAAUGCCUCACAAAAUGCCAUUUCUUGCUGGUUGUAGUUCCGAGUUUAUUCACGAUUUGUAUUUACGAAUGCAUGUACAAUGCUAUUUACCUGGAGAGGAUAUCAUUUGUCAAGGGGAUUAUGGUUCCGAAAUGUUUUUUCUUUUUGUUGGACAUGCUCAAGUCUUAGUUGACUUGACAAAAGUUGCUCUAUUUGGUCCAAAUUCAUGUUUUGGGGAGUUUAGCAUUGCAAAUCCACGCAAACCUCGUCUUGCUACAAUUCAAGCACUUGAUUUUUGUGAAACGCAUUGUAUUGAUCGAGAACAAAUUCUUCGAGUUCUUUUGUUACACCCAAUGACGUUGCGUUCUGCACGUCAACUCACCACUUUAAGAUCACGAAAAGCACUGACAUUGAUUUCGGAAAGUGGUGGUAAGUCGCGUACUUUACUACAAGGUCUAGCUAUGAUGUGGCGAGCUGAAGGUGUAGAAGCAUUACUUCCAGUAGGAGUUACUGUGGCUAGUUUGCCGUUUUUACAAGAAUUUAUGACCGGACCGACUCUUGCAAGAAGUAAUUCGGUUGUGAAUCUUGUGCCUUCGAAUGAUUUAAAUGCACAGUUGCAACUUCAUUCGAACCACACACAACUACAAAAUGAUGCAUUGUCAAUGAAAUUGCCGCCGUCGUUUUCAAAAAGCACAAAUUCUGAUGCUAGUCGGCGUCUUUCCGUUGCGACGGAUUUUUUGACUGCUCCUCAUGUAUUACGAAGGUCUCCUUCAUUGCAUCGGAGACGCAGUGAAUUAAAUCAAGUGUCAAAUAUGAGCAGUGAAGUCACAACAUUUGACCGUGCGCUUGAUAUGAAUGAGACUAGUGAUAUCGAAGUUGGUUAUUCUAAUACGAUAAAAGCAUCAACGAAGGAUGCUGGUGUAAUUAAUAACAAUUCAUUUGUCAGUGAAUUUUCAGCUUCCACUUUAAAGCUUGACGAUCGAUAUGAAGUGCUUUUGACUGAGAUACGCAAUGUCGCGCGUCGACAGGAUCUACUGGAACAACAGUUGAAACUCAUGAUAGAGAGACAACACUAUGUGAGCGAUUCGUGA